UUCCCAGCUAGCAGGGCUGGGCUAGCUCACUAGCUACUUAGCUAGCUAACUGUUCGGUAGAAGCGGCGGAUUAACUACAGCAUAACAAGUUAGCAUCGCAGAAGUAGAGCUUUCAUAACGGCAUAUUUUAUCUAUAAUGGUUUAAUGGCAAGGACAAAGACCAACACAGUUGACACAGCUUUGACUACAUGGAUGGUUGAAAGUAGCAUCACAGCUACAAGUUAACAGCUGUUGACCAGCCUUGGUAGCUGCUGCUGCGGAUCUUUAUGUUUGGAGGACAGAGAUGGCAGUGUGUGCACUGACCAUGCUGGAUGGGAUGGAGGAGGAGGUGACGGCAGCGGGCGGUAUGCUGCUCCUGGUCCUGGCCCUCGUCCUGGCUUGGCUCUCCACUCAUGUGGCCGAUCGGGGAGACCACAUACUAGGCACCAUCCUCACCGUGGGCGCUCACGCCUCUCUGAUCGGACUGGGGGGCCACGACAGCUACAGCGGGGGGUCUCCCAGCGCUGACGCCCCUGAGCAGCAGCCUCCUGAGCCCUCGCAGGAGAACAAGCCGGAUGAUGGCGAGCCGGGGGCCGAGAGAGGAGAGGGGGAGGGAGCGGAGGGGGUGAGGACAGAUCUGCUGCUGGACAUUCAGAGCAAACAACUACAGGCUGAAGGACUGCAUACUUCUGAUGAGGAGGAUGAUGAAGUUGAUGAGGAGGAGGAUGACGAGGAGGAGCUGGAGGAGGAAGAUAAAAAGGUUACAAAGUCUAUUCCAGUUUUGACCAGCACCAUCUCCCCCACCACCACCACCACCAUUUCUGUUCGACUCAAGUUUUUAAAUGACACGGAGGAGGUGGCUGUUGUAGAACCACAGGAUACAGUGGGAGUACUGAAAAGUAAAUACUUCUCAGGUCGGGAGCAUCAAAUAAAAUUGAUCUACCAAGGCCAGCUGCUGCAAGAUCCCAAGAAGACCCUGUUGUCCCUGAACAUCACACACAACAGCGUGAUCCACUGCCACAUUUCCCAGACUCUGCACGAGGCCGGCCCAGAGGAAGGAGGGGCUCAGCCUGGGGCAGGAGCGGGAGUCGGGUCCGGGGUCUCUGGAGGAUUCAGAGCGGCAGGCGUGGCCAUCAGCACCGGAAGCCUGGUGGUACCCGUGUUCGUGGUGAUCUUGGCGGUGGUGUGGUACUUCCGCAUCAACUACAGGCAGUUCUUCACGGCCCCUGCGACCAUCUCCCUCGUGGGAGUCACUGUGUUCUUCAGCUUUCUGAUAUUUGGGAUGCACAGCCGCUGAAAAAAAAAAAAGGCAGAGAGGGGACAACAACACUUACAGCUGAAUGUUUUGAGGUAGAAUAAAAAUAACUGCAGCAGGUGGGUGAGCGUCUGACAGACUUAAAAAAAAAAAGGGCCUCAGUGCUGAUACCACAGAUGAUAGGAGUGUGAGUGAGUGAGUGUGUGUGGGUGGUUAGGUGAGCCUGUUUGUGCAUGUACCAGGAUUAAAACAAGAGGAGUGAUUGUACAGUAUACGUGGGUAAAUAAUAACCUGCAGUGAGUGAAGUUCUGCUUCAACCGAACCAUAAUUUAGCUUCUCUUCAAACAUAACUUAGUGGUUCACACCAUGUUUUAACACUCUGGCCUCAUCUCGUCUGCUCUUUUAUUGUCGUUAGACCAGUUUCUGUGUUUUAAGAAAUAAAAAACCGACAGAUGCAGGAGUCUAAAAUCUUUUGGAACCACUCACUGUUGUGCUGUGUGAACCAGUUUGACUCUUUACCAUUAUUUUGUGUUUACGUGAAACAACUCGAGCUCCAUGUAAGCAAAUAUAUAAACUGUACAGCUGCCUCGGUGCUAGGCUGAUUAACUUCAGAUAUUUUUGUUGCUCUGCAAUGUUGCUAUGUAGAAACAGGCUAAUUUAAAUAAUCCCUCGACAUGAAAAUAGACACUUUUUGAGAAGAUAUUGUAAAUACGUUGUGUAUUUUCUGUAAAUAAAACGAUCGAUUGAAUCAGAUGAACCCGCAUCUGGCACUUAAAAGAUUUGGAGGGGGACGUCAAACCCUCCUGAUUAUGCUGGACUGCUCUGGCUUCAGUGAUGUCUCAAAUUAAAGCAUUUCAAACCAAA